AUGCUAGUGAAAUAUUUAGGGCUAUGGAGGAGGAGGAAGAAGGCGCUCGAUUCUUCCGUCUCAAUCCUCUCGAUCUCUGCGAGGAGCUCCAGCACGGCCAGCAGCAUCGAAUCCCUACCGGUGCUGCGCUCGCGGGUUCAAGAGCUCGAGUGGAAUGGGAUCAAUCUGGAGCCUUACGCGUACGAGGAGCUGCUCCAGGCAUGCGCGCGAUUGAGUGCUCUCCACGAAGGUAGGCGAAUCCAUUCCCACAUUGCCCGGUGUGGAUUUGGCGAUCGCGCGCUCUUCUUGCAGAACACUCUCCUCAACGUCUAUGCAAAAUGUGGGAGCGUCCGGGACGCGAUCGAGCUCUUGGAAUCCAUGGAGCUCCGGAAUGCGGUCUCGUGGAACGUGGUGAUCGGCGGGUUUGCCAGGAGCGGGCACCGGCAAGAAGCGCUGGAAAUUUUCUGGAAGAUGAUGCUGGAAGGAGUCAGGCCUGGCAGAAUCACCUUCACGAACGCUCUCCUGGCCUGUGAAGGAGAGGAAUUCCUGCCGCUGGGAAGGAUCAUCCACAGCUCCAUCCAAGAGGCCGGGAUCACAGAUCAAGAAGAAGAAGAGAAAGCUGUGGAGCUGGGAAAUGGGCUCAUUGCCAUGUAUGGGAGAUGCGGUGAUCUAGCAGCCGCUACCCAGGUUUUCUAUGGAGUGAGGCAGCGGACGAUUGUUUCGUGGAACUCGAUCAUCGCAGCGUAUGCCCAGUCCGGGCAUAGCAAGGAGGCGUUCCAGUUUUUCAAAGAAUUGGUAGCUGAUGGGAUCAAGCCGAGCUCAGUGACGUUCCUUGCCAUCUUGCCGGCCUGUUCGAGCUCGCAGGAGGUGGACUUCUUCUCGGCAUUGAUCAGAGAGGCUGGACUGGAAUCCGACGUGCUCGUCAGUACGUGCUUGAUCACCACCUAUGGGAAAGCUGGCUCUUUGGAGAAUUCCAGGAGAGCUUUUGCUGUCUCGGACCGGAGCAACGUUGUGACUUGGAACGCGAUGCUCACGGCGGUGUCGAGCGUUGGAAAGCUAUUGGAAGAGCAGCGCAGUGUAGAGGUGGGAUUCCUCGCGGAGGAAGAAUCGCUCCGGUUGUUCCGAGAGAUGCUGGGCGAAGGACUGAGGCCCGCGAGGGUGACGUUUCUGGCGGUUCUAAACUCUUCAUCGCCGAGUCCCAGGAGCUGGGAAUGGAUUCACAGGCUGGCCUUUGAGAGCGGUGUUGCUGACGUAGAACCGGAAGUAGCAGCCGCGCUGGGCACCGCCUUCGUACGAGCUCACGGAAGAAGUAGAUCGACCAAAAGUUGCGAUCAAGAUCAAGGUCUUCACCGACAGGAACUUGAGCUCUCGGACGACGUGCUUGCCUGGACAAGCGCCAUGACAAGCUGCUCCCAGAAAGGCCUGGACAGAGACUCCCUCGCUAUCUUUCGCCAAAUGCAACUCCAAGGCGUCCAUCCAACCAGCUUCACUCUCGCGGUGGCUCUGGAAUCCUGUGCGAAGCUGGGCGACUACGAGCAAGGCAGCAGCAUCCACUGCGUGAUGGCCCUCCAGUGCAAAUCCGACGAGUUCGUCGCCACCGCGCUCGUCAACUUAUAUUCGAGGUGUGGAGAUCACGCCGCCGCUCGAGCAGUCUUCGACGGCUUCCAGGGAUCGACGCUGGUCCUUGCCACCGCCCUCAUCGCCGGCUACUCUCGGAAUGGCGAUGGCACCGCCGCGCUCCAGGCCUAUCAGCUCAUGCAGCUCCAUGGCGACGCUCCGAAUGACGUGACCUUCGUCACCAUCCUCUCGGCUUGCAGCCACGCCGGCUUGCUGGACGAGGGGGUUGGAUACUUCCAGGCCAUGGCCGCGGAGCAUUCGAUCGAGGCGACGGCCCAGCACUAUGGCUGCGUCGUGGAUUUGCUCGCUCGGCUUGGGCAUUUGGAGGAGGCCGAGGAGAUUAUCGAGGAGAUGCCGUUCUUGCCGGGGAGCGUGGAUUGGCUGACGCUGCUGGGCGGGAACAGGAAUCACGGGGAUUUGCGGCAGGGAGAGCGAGCGAUAGACGAGCUCGAGCGUGGAUUUCUGGAUCGAGCGGGAUCCAGUGGAUCGAAAUGGAGGCUCUAAGGGCGCUAAAGAGAUACCAACAUUAUAAACAAACAUUUGUUAUUGUGAGUGCUAUUAAUUGGGGUUUAGAUACAUGUAUGUAUAUAUAUGUAUUGGUAAUACAUGUAUGUACAUACAUGUAUUUACAAACCUUGAUUUAAAGCGAUUACCUGAAAAAAUAUAUUAUUUAGAGUUUAAAAUA